CUUUUUUCCCCCCUCUUUUUUUUUCUUCUUUUCCAUACCUCACUCUUUCAAAUUAUUAUGGAAGUUCGAUACACAAUGAAAGACUUUCCUGAACCAGGUGAUAAGGAUCUUGCCAACGGAAUCAGCUAUAUGAACAAAUCUGAUUUUAAAAACGCCCUCAAACACUUUGAAAAGUCUGCUACUUACAACAACGAAUACGGUCUACUCUUCUUUGGCAUCUUUCUUUUACUCGGCUUUGGUCUCUCCAAACGCGAUCCCGCAAAAGCACUUGACACCUUUAAAAAAGUCGCUCAUCUCUUUUCCAAUCGCGUCGCUCAUUAUCUCAUCGGUAUCCUCUACUACGAAGGCGACAAGGACGUCCCCCAGAACAUACAGUCCGCAUACCACUGGAUUCUCAACGCAGCCAAACUUGGAUGGAUUGAUGCCAUGUCUCAAAUGGGUUUUGCUUACUGCUCAGGUGCCUUUGGUAAAGAGGAUAAGAAAAAAGGCGUCCAUUGGCUCGAAAAGGUCGUCCACAAUGACUCUCGGGAUACCGUUCUUUAUUUAUUUGGAAACAAGGAAUUUCAAAUCGACAUGACCCACCAGGAUGACAUCGUUCUCUCCUCGGUCAAGGGAGUCACUGCAGCGAGCAUCAUUUCACCCGUUCAAUGUGCCGCUCAAUGCUUUGCUGCAAACCCAUUCUCUUCCAAUGGCAUCAUCUACCGUGCCAUCUUCUGGGAUACCAUGACCAACAGACAAAACACAAGUCUCGCUACUUCACAACUCAUCUUGGGAACAGUGUACAUGGAGGACGAUGGAAUCUCAACCGAUAAAAAAAAAAAGGCAAUCGCUUUACUCAAGAAAUCCGGUGAAAACGGAAACGCAAAGGCAUGUCUCACCAUCGGUCAUCUGUACGAAAUGGGUAACGGCGUUGACCAGGAUUAUUCAGAGGCCAUGGCUUGGUACCUAAAGUCCAAAGACAUCGAAGGCGAGGUCGACGCAUUGCAAUCCAUUGGUAGACUCUAUUUCACAGGACAUGGCGUCAAACAAGAUUUCAUGUUGGCUUUAAGCUAUUUCAAUACCUAUAACUUGCACGCCGAGGAUAGAGAGGUGUAUUACAUGAUGGCUGAAAUAUACAAAAUAGGCAAGGAUUAUAAGCAAUCUUUUCUUUUCUUUUCAAAAGCAGCCGAUCUCGGUCAUGCCGCUUCUGCUACGCGUCUCGGUCUCUUCUAUCGUAUCGGUUUCGGGGUCGAGAAAAGCGAGACAAAAUCAUUUGCUUGGAUGCAGAAAGCCGCUGCCUUGAAUUGUCCCAUGGCUCAAUUCACACUGGGUCAAAUGCAUUAUGAUGGUUACAAAGGCAAGUCCGAUCAUGUCAAAGCAUUAGACUAUUUUGAAAAAUCCCUUAAAAAUGGAUUCGCUCCUGCUGCUUUCAUGGUCGAGCAACUAAAGUUUCAGAAAUCUCUACGGGAUUUACAUAUCUAAGUAAAAAAAAAAAUUACAAUCCAAUCAACAACUUAUGAAAUCGCUAUCAAUAAAUAAAUAGGUGAUAUUAGUUAAAAUAAUCA